AGAAACUCACGCCAACCGCCGUUAAACACCGCAGAAGAAGAGUUGAGUCGCUCUUGUUUAUACUCUUCCACUGAGGUCGUUCGUGCUCGUCUGCGGUUGAGGGCGAGGUAGCGCAUCGCGGUGUUCUGUCGGCAUCAUGUCUAUUGUCAAGAUCCAUGCCAGAGAAAUCUUUGAUUCUCGUGGGAACCCCACUGUGGAGGUUGACCUUUACACUGACAAAGGCUUGUUUAGGGCUGCUGUACCAAGUGGUGCAUCCACUGGAAUCUAUGAAGCUUUAGAGCUUCGAGACAAUGACAAGUCUCGCUACCUUGGAAAAGGAGUCUCGCAGGCUGUAGACCACAUUAAUUCAACUAUUGCACCUGCACUUGUCGGCCAAGAUGUGUCUGUGGUUGAGCAGGAGAGAAUUGACCAAAUGAUGAUCGACAUGGAUGGCACAGAGAACAAAUCCAAAUUUGGAGCAAACGCUAUCCUCGGUGUGUCUCUGGCUGUUUGCAAGGCAGGUGCAGCAGAAAAAGGAGUUCCUCUGUAUCGUCAUAUUGCUGACCUUGCCGGAAACCCCGAGGUCAUCUUGCCUGUGCCGGCCUUCAAUGUGAUCAACGGAGGCUCCCAUGCUGGUAACAAACUUGCAAUGCAGGAGUUUAUGAUUCUGCCCAUUGGUGCAAGUAGCUUUAAAGAAGCCAUGCGGAUUGGAGCAGAGGUCUACCACAACCUUAAGAAUGUCAUCAAGAAGAAAUAUGGACAGGAUGCCACCAAUGUAGGUGAUGAAGGUGGCUUUGCUCCAAACAUCCUGGAAAACAUGGAAGCACUAGAGUUACUGAAGGAAGCCAUUGCCAAAGCAGGAUACACAGAUGAAGUUGUGAUCGGCAUGGAUGUGGCAGCGUCUGAAUUCUUUAGAGAAGGAAAUUAUGACUUGGACUUUAAGUCUCCUGACGAUCCGAGCCGUUACAUCACUCCUGACGAGCUUGCUGAUCUCUACAAGAGCUUUGUGAAGGAUUAUCCAGUGGUUUCCAUUGAGGAUCCCUUUGAUCAGGACGACUGGGAGGCCUGGACCAACUUUACUGAAUCCACAGACAUCCAGGUUGUUGGAGAUGAUCUAACAGUGACCAACCCCAAUCGCAUCUGCAAGGCUGUGGAGGAGAAGGCCUGCAACUGUCUGCUGCUGAAAGUCAAUCAGAUUGGCACCGUCACCGAAUCUCUCAGAGCGUGUAAGAUGGCGCAGGAGAGUGGCUGGGGUGUGAUGGUCAGCCACCGCUCUGGGGAAACCGAGGACACCUUCAUAGCAGACUUGGUUGUUGGCUUAUGCACUGGACAGAUCAAGACUGGAGCACCCUGUCGCUCUGAGCGUUUGGCCAAAUACAACCAGAUUCUGAGAAUUGAAGAGGAGUUGGGAGACGAGGCUCGUUUUGCUGGCAGAAACUUCAGAAAACCUCUAAUAUAAUCAUUGGAUAAUAACAAUGAUAUAAACAGCUGCUUGAUGAUGAAUGCAUAGAAAGAACAUGCUAGUUACUGGAAAUUGGGCACUUUAUUAUAAAGUCUUCUACUCUAUUUUUAUCGUGGAGUAACGGUAGACCUAACUUAUCUAACAUUUAACUUAACUAAUUUAUUAAUGUAACAAACUGUAUUCAUUAAAGAUGCACUUGGACACAUA